CCUCGACAUAGUUGGGCGCAAAACUCUUCACUCAUCUCUCACUGUUAUCCACACACGAGCCACUCCGCUCUCCGUAGCUCAAGCGGAAGUUAUUCCUUCAACAAACCGAAAUUAAAGAAGAAAAACAAGACCGCAUAUAACGAGCUGCAGGUGUACACAAACAUGGCGCCAGCCUCAUUGACUCCUGCACGUUCGUCCGACCUCGGCCUCCCACCAAAUUCGUACAUCUACAAAAUCAUAUCCACAGCACCGCGCCAGGACCCUCUCUCGUAUCUACAGACCGAUCAACUCGCCGUCAUCUCCUCGGAAGACUCACUCCAUUUUCUCGAUCCUGGAAGCCUCAACACUAGCGGUGUAAUUCAACAUGUGAACGACAAGGUCACGUGUCUAGAACGUGGCAACGACCAGGCGGGCAACAUAGUUGCUACAGCGGGCAGAGAUGGACUUGUCAAUCUAUGGGAUAAGAGAAGCAGGCAAAAGACCAUGAGCGUAGAAAUUCCACACAAGUUAAUAUCCUCCAUCGUCUGUUCCCACCCCACCAACUUCCUCGCGGCAGGCAUAGAGAACCCACAAGAUGGUCCCGAUUCAUCCCCCGUAUACAUCUACGACACCCGCAACCCAACCACCCCCCAUCUAUCCCUCAUUGAAUCCCACACCGACACCGUCACGACUCUUCAACUCCACCCUUCUCACCCGACUCUCUUGCUGUCAUCUAGCACAGAUGGACUCAUCAACAUCUUCGACACUAGCAAACCAGACGAAGACGAUGCUCUGUACCAGGUCAUCAACCACCGGUCCGCCGUCGCCCACGCGGGAUUCAUGUUUCCAAAUACUGACGUGUACGCCAUGGGAACUGACGAGACGUUGAGUUUCUACGCUUUGCAGAACGCGGUGGAGGAAGUGGAGGAGCCGACGCCGAAAGCGUAUGGAGAUGUCAGGGAGUCGUUUGGGUGUGAGUAUCUGGCUCGAAUGCACUGGGUGGGAAGUGAGGCUUUUGUUGCUGCGGGGAAGCACAGCUCUGCUGAACUCACCCUCUAUCCCGUGCACAAAAACACACAAGCUGGUCCUCUCGAGUAUAUCUGCGACCCUGAGAACACCGUUGUCCUGCCUGGCGCUCACGGGGAGGAGAUUGUGCGAGAUCUUUUCACCGAUAUUCACACACGUACAACAUACACAUGCGGCGAAGACGGAUUCGUCCGAGCCUGGCAAGCCUCUGGCGAUCAAGCAGCCAUGGACCUCGACGAAAGCAAAACCAAAAACAAGAAAGACAAGCGCAAGGACAAAAAGGAGAAGCGCAAAGGCGAUGACGAUGGCAAAAAAGCGAGGUUUGCUCCUUACUAA